AUGCAAGUGGAACAUGACAAGAACGCGAAAGACAGCGUCCUCGUGUUGGACACGUGUGGUCUAGAUGCGGAAGCGCGCGAGAUCAAAAAUUGCUACCUACAGUGUGCUGACGCGCUGAUCUUCGUGUACAGCAUCGACAACCAGGCGAGUUUCGAUGUACUGUUGGAAAACAGGCAGAUAAUCGAGCGGACGCUGAAGGAGCGCAAAGACUUCUGUUUGGCGAUCUUGGGCAACAAGGUCGACAAUGAGGGCGCACGAAUGGUGGCGAAGGACGCGGCCUUGCUGAAGUGGAAGGAUGACUCAGUUGCCAACCGCGACAGAAUCAAAAUCUACGAAGUUACGGCAAAAGGUCGCGAAACUUUGAUUGAACCGUUUUCAUUUAUUCUGUCAAGGCUGUUCCCAUCACAGAAAGAAAGCAAAUUCCUUCUUCCUCGUCGAAAGGACAAACAGCCCGGUGCGGCUAUCGUCAUUGACAUUUAG